UGCUCAGUGCGAAGCUGACACUACUUGUGUAUUACUUUUUGUUGGUUGUUUGAUUUUUGAUUGAUUUAACAAUGGCGGUUGGUAAAUUAUACAUGACUGAUCUCAGCCCACCCUGUAGGGCGGUAAUCCUCACUGCUAAGUCGUUGGGCAUCGAAUUGGAAUUGAUUGAGACCAAUAUCAUGGCUGGUGAAACUGCAACACCUGAAUUUUUGAAGAUGAACCCGGCUCAUGCUCUACCGACCUACAAAGACAAUGAUGGUACUGCAAUGGGUGACAGUCAUGCUAUCAUGGCAUUCCUUGUUGGUAAAUAUGGAAAGAAUGAUUCAUUGUAUCCGAAAGACCUAGCCAAACGUGCGGCGGUUGAUCAACGAUUACAUUAUGAUAGUGGGAAUGUUUACAGUUUACAUGUCUCUAUUGUGUUUCCAAUGUGGAUGCGUCAAAGUGAAGGCAUCUCCCAAAGACAACUGGAUUCAGCUAAAAGCAUGUACAAUGUUUUAAACACUUUCCUUGAAGGUAAUACCUGGAUCGCCAAAACCGCUUCUCCAACGAUCGCAGACUUUUCUCUGGCUACUUCUGUUAAUGCCAUUAAUGUUGUGGCUCCAAUGGAUAAAGCUACGUGUGGUAAUGUGGUUGCAUGGUUGAAGCGAUGUGAUGGUAUACCACACUACCAGGAAGUUAAUAAGAAGGGGCAGGAUCUCUACACAAGUAUUCUCAAAUGCAUGAUGAAUAAUGAUUAUUCUUUCAUGGAUAAGUUUGCUUAAAUAAUAUUUAGAUUGUGGACAAACUGAUAUGAUGGUUGUUAUAACUAGGCAAAUUUGUAAAUAUAAGUCAGUUAUAUUGAACUAAACGAAUUACAUAAAGCACAAAAAU